AAGGGAGUGUAAACUGUGUUUUGUAUUAUUUACAUUGGUUAUUUAUAGAUAAAGUAAAGGAAUAUUUUGAAUUUUAAGUGAUAAUGCCUAAAGAAUUUAAAUACGAUGUGGUGCUUCUUAUAGAAAGCGUCCGUGAUAGACCGUGCCUUUGGGAUAAGUCGUUGGAAAAUUACAAGGACCGCGUCGAAAGAAGAGCAGCUUGGGAAGAAAUAUUUUCAAUUUUAGACGACAGCUAUGAAGAAAUGUCUGCGGAGAUGAAGAGGAUAACGGGUGAACUCAUACUCAACAAAUGGACAAACAUUCGAGAUACUUUCGUGAAAACUCUAAAGACAAGAAUGGGCAAGCCUAAGAAAAAGUACUUAUUACACGAACACCUUAAAUUUCUUACAAAAAUAACACCAGAGGAACACAGCAGUCUUGACCUUUACAAUCCCGAUGUACCCAUUUCAUAUUUUAAAUUAGAAAAAGAAGAAAAAGUUAAGCCGAGUAAUAGCAGAAAGAGAAAUAAGCAAUUAGAAGAAUGUGAAAUGAUCUUACCAAAGAAAUCGUCAGUUUUCGACGCUAGUAAUGAAUUAGAUUUCGUUGGCGUUGAUGAGUCUAACGAUCCUAGAGUUAUGAACGAAGAUGAAGCAUUUUUUGCGUCCCUGCUGCCCACAGUCGUGAAAUACAACGAAGACGAAAGAUUAGAAUUUAGAAUGGAAGUAUUAGCUGUAAUGAAAAAUAUAAAAGAUAAGAGGAAGUGUUCCGAAGGUAAUUAAAGU